AUGCACACCUCGCAAGCCCCCGAGGACGCCGCCACCCGGCAGCUGCGCGCCGAAAACCAGCAGCUCCGUGCCGCGCUGGACCAGGCCAACGACAAGAACCAGGACCUCGAGCGCAGGAAAAGGGAGAAGGUGGACGAGUGCCGCAAGGUGAUGGUGGAGAUGCAGGACGAAGUUGGCCGGGCACACAGCGCCAUGAUCGAGACCCUGGAGGUCAUAAGAAAGCAUCUGCAACAAGCCAAGGCUGGGGGACCCCGCCUCAGAGGCAAGCUCGAGACCGUCCAGGACACCAACGAGGCAAAGCUGAGGCAAGCCGCUGCCGACAACAAGACGCUGACUGCCAUGGUCAAAACCGCCCAGGACAGCAACAAGGCCCUGGAGGCAAAGCUGAGUCAAGCCCGAGCCGACAAUGAGGCGCUUGCUAGCAGGCUUGAGGCUUCUCAAAGAAGCAACGACGCCCUAGAGGCAAGACUGAGGCAGGCCGGUGCCGACAACGGCCGUCUUGACGCUCGGCUUGGCGAGACCGAGGCCGAGCUGGCCGAUACUCGCGAGCGCAAUGCGACACUCACCGUAGAGCUCAAGGACAGCCAGGACGACGCCGAGGCUCUGGAGGCUGAGGUGAACCGCCUGACCGUUCGGCUAAGCGAUGCCCAAGACGAGCUGAGGAACAGUCGCCGGACGGCAAUAACGGCCGGGUUCCAGGACAGUGCAGCCGACGGCCUGGAGGCUGAAUUCAGCCGAAUUGCCAUGUAG